UGGCAGGAUUCUUAUAUUUUGGUUUCUAUAAUACAGAUUCUGCUUAUUCUCUGCCUUUGCAGAGGGGAGAAUGUCUGCCCCUGUAGGUGAUGUGUCUGUAGCAUGAGUUUGUCCCGUGCUGUGUCAUGCGGCCCUGUAAGCGGGUUGUAACGGGAUGUCUCUGUCCCCUGCAGCCUGGGAAGCUGUUUCCCCUGCUAUGAUGCCAGGGCAGAUCCCCGACCCGUCGCUGACGGCUGGUGCGCUGCCCGGCCUCGGGCCCUUGACAGGCCUGCCUGGCACGGCCCUGACCGCCGAGGAGCUCAAGUGCGCUGACAUCCGCAACAUCGGCGCCAUGAUCUCGCCGCUCCAGUUCCUGGAGGUGAAGCUUGGCAAGAGACCCCAGCCUGUCAAAAGUGAGCUGGAUGAGGAAGAAGAGAGGAGGAAAAGGCGCCGGGAGAAAAACAAAGUAGCGGCAGCACGAUGUCGUAACAAGAAGAAGGAGAGGACGGAGUUCCUGCAGCGGGAGUCCGAGCGUCUAGAACUCAUGAAUGCUGAGCUGAAGGCCCAGAUAGAAGAGCUGAAACAGGAGAGGCAGCAGCUCAUCCUGAUGCUGAACCGGCACCGUCCCACCUGCAUUGUGCGGACAGACAGCAUCAAGACGCCUGAGAGUGAAGCCAACCCACUGCUGGAGCAGCUAGAGAAGAAGUGAAGGUGGCACAGGGCCAGGAGGAGGAGACAGUGGCACAGGGUCUUCCAGGGUCUUUAAUGUAUGUACUGUAUGAAGAACUGUGCACCCAGGCCUGGUGCAGCCAGGACCCAGUGGGCUUCCUUGGGAACUAUGGACCAAACAUGGGAACAGAGAAGAUCAGGAACCUGCCAGCCAUGUACUCUGAGGCUGAACCUAGGAGCAGAGCUGGCGGUGCCAGUGAGGGCAACCUCCCUGUGAUAGGUCAGCACACCCUUCAGCCUGCUCUCAGCCCUGGGACACACAAAACCACAGCGUGUCCUGCGAGGAGCACGCAGCCUGUGGGUAGCAGGGGCCGCAGGCUGAGGCGUGGCAGCUGGGCAGUGCCCACCAGCACCCUGCCCAGAGGCUGCUGCUGCUCCUGGCACAUGCUCCAGAGGAAACCCACACCCAAGAACCACAAACACUUGAUGCAGCCCCGUCUGGCGGGCAGGCCUGUCGGGGCUCGGUGGCGCAGGCGCCCCCCACAAGCACACUCAGUAUAAUGUUUACAGCCCAGCUGUCUGUGUCGGCCGUGCUUUUGAAUGCACAUUUUUACACUUUUUUAAAGUAUUUUUUACAAAGUUUUUAUACAGUGAUCUCUAUAUGGAUUUAUAUAAUCACUAGAUGUGAUCCCAUAGAAAUGUAUGUUAUAAUGGUCUGUUUGUUACAAACACAUAUGCCACAGUUAUCUCCAUUGUGUUACUUGUCCGGUAGCAUCCAGCUCCUUUCCUGGCAUGCUGGGAACGGGGCCCAAGCUGCCCUCUGCAGUGGUGUCGCCACCCUCUCCAUCCAUGUAUGUCCUUCAUAAUACUCAGUUCUGUAUCUCUCAGUAAAUGUUACCUUUGCGUA